UGUAACGAACCAGACAGACACAUAAAGAGACAGAAGAGAAGUUUAAUUUUGCUGAAAUGUAUUUUGAGUUUAUCGUCACUCCGUUAAAAGAGUUUUCUGGACUGAAGAGUUUGAAGAAAAUGCAUCACACAUGUUUGUUUUGCUUUUUCAUGUGGCGUCUGAUCGGUGUGUUUGGUUAUUCAGGUGAGGUGAAGUCAGUGUCAGUGAUGGAGGGAGAUUCCGUCACACUACACAACAAUGUUACUGACAUACAGAGAGGGGAUGUGAUAGAGUGGCUGUUUGGACCUCAAGAGACUCGAAUAGCUACGAUCUAUACAGAUUUCUCGGAGACGGAUGUUGUUCAUGAUGGGAUGUUCAGAGACAAACUGCAGGUGGACGAUCACACUGGAUCUCUCACCAUCACAAACAUCACAACUCAACACUCUGGACUUUAUCACAUGAUUUUCAUCAGCAGCAGCGGCUACAUUAGAGAGCCCUCAUACAGAUUCAAUGUUACUGUCUAUGAACAUGUCCAGUGUUUCAGUUCCACUGAAGCCGUGAUCCGAUUGGUCCUCUCCGCUCUGGUGGGCGUGGCCACUGUUGCAGUAGUGGUUUAUGAAAUCAGAUCCACUCUAACCACUGAGCGACAGGAAAGGUAUACUAUGGUCAGGAUUCAGUCUUUUGAUAGUUUUAGAGACAGACUGCAUAUGGAUGAUCAGACUGGAUCUCUCACCAUCACAGACAUCACAACUCAACACUCUGGACUCUGGACCUUGAACAUCAGGGAUGAUGACUCCUUAAGGGAUGAUAACAUGUUAGAGACACUAUUCAACGUGACUGUCUUUGCUCGUGUGCCUGUUCCUGUCAUCACCAGAGACUUUUCAGUGUGUUUAAAAUGUGUGUUGUUGUGUUCAGUGUUGAAUGUGACACGUGUGAGUCUCUCCUGGUACAAAGGAAAGAGUUUAUUGUCCAGCAUCAGUGUGUCUGAUCUCAACAUCAGACUCUCUCUACCUCUGGAGGUGGAAUAUCAGGAUACAAACACAUACAGAUGUGUCGUCAACAAUCCCAUCACAAACCACACACAACAUCUCAACAUCACUCAAGUCUGUCACAAGUGUUCAGACUGUCUCAGCAGUUGUGAUGCUACUGAAGCUGUGUUCCGAUUGGUCGCCUCUGUCCUGGUGGGCGUGGCUGCUGUAGCUGCUUCUAUUGUUCUGAUUUAUGACAUCAGAUCCAGAAGAGCUGAACAGGAGAGAAGAUCAUAGAUCACCUCCACACUUCAUCUGAGAUCCAUGAGUUUAUAACUUUGACUUCAUGGCUGCAGUGAGAUUUAUUCAUUGAAUGAUUUUACAUUUUAGUGUUUGUCUAAAGUCUUCCUAAGUUCCCUAUAGCGCUUGCUUUUAAUCAUUUUCUCAUACUUUGUUUAGUCUGUUGUAUUCAUUCACACACAUGUACAGCCUCUAACAGCUCUCUUUACAUUUUUGUGUGCACCUACACAAUAAACAUACGUUUAAGAGACAUA